AACAUGAGUUUCUUAAAUCCAAGAUGUUUUUUUGUACUUAUAUUAUUUUUUUAAUGAAAUUGUCUGCUUUGUGGAGUUUGGAGAGCAGAAAAGCAGAAAAUGGCCAGUGCUCUCUUGCUGACUGCUACUCCUCUUCUGCCUUCCCGGAAGACCCAAGUAAGGGGAUUCAUGAGAAAUUUGGGGACUUCAUUCCAUGGCCAAGUGAUGUUUAAUCGAAGUUCUGCAAGAAGGGAGUUUAGUAACACUGGUGGAGGCCGAUUUGUGGUUGCUUCAGUGCUUGGAAGGAGGGUCAAGAAGACAGAGACAGUGAUUCCAGAACCAGAUUAUCGGAUACCGAUUGUCCUGCUUGGUCUUGCCGGUGGGCUUGCUUAUACCAAUAAUCUUUUACCAGCGGCACCUGUUGGUCUACUUGGAUUACUCCUAUUGUUCCAGGUAACAGCAUCUAGGAAGAAAGCUUGUCAAACCAAAAAGUAAAAAACUGUAGAAGCAAGAAGUAGAACUCUGAAUUCAAGCAUUUUAAGAAGGAAAACUUUUGAACUUUGAGAAGCUUGAUACCCUUGAAUGCAUUGAAAUCAAACCACAGAUGCCCUUGUGACGGGAUCUUUAGUCAAUAAGGAUCAAUUGACGAGUUCUCUCCCAUCUUCCCACAUGUUUUGGCUUGUUUAAAGAGUUAACUUGGUAUUUAACUAAUAUACAUUCUGCUUUCUGUCAUUUUCUCCACUUGUUAAAUUUUUUCCUUUUAAACUGCUACAAACUGACUCUUUUUUCCCUUCUAGACAACAAGAGUGAGAUUUGUCUUUGACGAUGAGGCUCUGCUUGUGUAAGAUUUUAAUUAUUUUAGCACCAAAAAAUUUGAUGUCACUUAUAUGUGGAGUCCUUUGAUCCAACUUGUACCUCAGCUUGAAUACAAAGCAAAGACUUCCUGUGAGCCACUUCUAUGUGUGCACAUUUGCACAUGUUGUAUGUCUCUUAGACAUACCAUGAAUUUCAAUGCUUGGUUUACAGUCAUCAUUUAUUGAAUGCCAUUCUGAGACUUUUGAGUCACCUUUCACAAGGAUCCUCAUAAAGUUUACUUGCAGAACUAUGUGAAAACCUAGACAUGCGUAUUACACUCUCCUGCUUUAUUUGCUGAUGAAGCUAGUCACUGAAAUUCAUUUUACAUGUAACAUUUACGUUUUUAGGAGGUAAAAGUGGGAGAUCAACUUGAGGAGUCAGGCGAAAACAUAUUUGUCGGUGGAAAAAACCGUUGGAAGUACUCAACAUUUGUGAACUGGGAACUGUGGUGGCCAAAUUUCCCUAUUUUGGUAUAUUUUAAAGAGACACAAACAAAACCUGAAGGACAAGUUCACUUCUUUCCUGUCAUUUUUAAUGGCAAGCAACUUUAUGAUGUAAUGGUGGAGAGAGCUGGCCCUUCAAAAACCAGUGGGCCAAAAGAAUCCUGAGUGCCCCCAGCCUUGUGGGCGCAGAUAUCUGAGAUUGCACGUUCAAUCUUAAGGAUAACCGAUAUUGGUAGCUAAUUCCUUUACCAUUGUACUCAAUACAUUGAGGUAUUGUUGUAUCUUACACAUUUUGUAAUACAGUUAAUUUGUAAUAUGUUGCUCUAAUAAACAUUUCUUUUUUAUGCCAGUUCAGCUUGUAAUACAGAAAGAAUUGAAUAAUUUUUCUGAGAAAGACAAGUAAAAUUGAAGAUCAGUCAAUAUUUUCAUUGGAUGUAAACAAUCUUGGAUAACAUUUGUAAAUGGUGGUGAGUCUCAUUUGGCAAUUCUCAAUUUUCCUUGGUCUCUGUUGAGUAGAAAAAUCAUACAUUGAAAAUAUUAUAAAGAAUUAUGUGGUUUAAACUUUAAAUACAAGAAAUGUUAGUCU